CGGUAAGCAUAUUCCGACGCCGGUAAGCAUAUUCCGGCGACGGUAAACAUAUUCCGAUGACAAAAUAGCAUAUUCCGGCGACAAAAAGCAUAUUCCGGUGACUGGCGACCAUUUUCCGGCGACCGGUGGCAGAAUUCCGGCGACCAAAUUUUUGGGCAGAAAAUAAAAUAAUUUUUUUUAUUUUUUUAUUAUUUAAACAGAUUUUUCAUAAUGACAAUUAUACCCCUGCUUUGAUUUUACACUAGGUCAACUCAUCUAAUAAAAAGUUAUCACAAUCCUAGCUUCCUAUUGGUUGGAGGCUAGUGUUGUUACAAUAACAACACAAGGGGUGGUGUUAUAGUAUCUAGUCCCUUGAGCUAUUGGGCUUGUCUGCCCCUGAAAAUAAUGGGCCAUUAAUUAUAUGAGACAAAACCCAAAUGGGACGGGCCGCGGCCCAAGAUUAGCUGAUUCUGGACUAUCCGGAGACAGUAGAGUAGCAGGAGGUCCGCAGUUUAAAGGCUUAAAAACUCAAAUUAGGGUUUUCUCUCUUCUUCUCUCACAUAGAGUUAGAGUUAGCUGCCGGCGCCUCAAGCUUACGAUUCCACUCUCUGCUCUUCGCUUGUCGUCACAACAGAGAUCCUCUUCGCAACGCAAUCAUGGGGAAGACUCGUGGAAUGGGAGCUGGUCGCAAGCUGAAGUCCCACCGCAGGAGGCAGAGGUGGGCUGAUAAAUCCUACAAGAAAUCCAAUCUUGGAAACGAAUGGAAGAAGCCGUUUGCUGGAUCAUCUCAUGCCAAGGGCAUUGUUCUGGAGAAGAUUGGUAUUGAAGCCAAGCAGCCUAACUCUGCUAUCAGAAAGUGUGCCAGAGUUCAGCUAAUCAAGAAUGGCAAGAAGAUUGCAGCUUUUGUGCCCAAUGAUGGUUGCUUAAACUAUAUUGAGGAGAAUGAUGAGGUUCUUAUCGCUGGGUUCGGUAGGAAGGGUCAUGCUGUCGGAGAUAUCCCUGGUGUGAGGUUCAAGGUUGUCAAAGUGUCUGGUGUGUCUCUUUUGGCUCUCUUCAAGGAGAAGAAGGAGAAACCAAGAUCUUAAUUUCAGACAACUCUGGGAAAUUUGCUCCUUCACUUCGAACCACGCUGUUGUAAGGUGUGAGUUUCUAGGGUGUAAUGUGUGUUGCUCAACUCUGCAGUUUAGUGAGGAAAAAAAACAUGGUUCGCCAGAAAUUCUCAGCCUAGUUUACUCUACUUAAAAACCAAGAUCUACAGACUGCCCCUGUAAUCACUUUGCACUUUGUUUUAUUUGCUCGUUGAAACCAACUGUUUUCCUCCUUCCUAUCGUAGCUGAUCCCGUCCCUUCUUUCUUUGAACUAUGCAUAUUGAAAUUUCUAAAUGCCUGUUUUAUCUUAAUAGUUGAGGAUCGUUAUGCCUCUUGUGUCGGACGAGUUCCCAACUUCCUGUUGCAGUUGAAGUUUGGUUCUGAAUCCGAAUCCGAUCCGGAGAAGGAAAGAAGAGUGGUGGUCUGUUUAAAUGCGUUUUAGUGAUAGCAAAUAAAACAGCGUCGUGUGGUCUUUUAUUGUUUUGGUACCUAGUGUUUUGUUUUGUGCGAGUCAGGUCAUUUAGCCGUUGUGGCUGUUAGCUGAAGCAGGGGAGGAGGUUAGUCAGGGAGCUAUUUCCCAAGGAUCGAGUUGUUAGGGUUGUUCCUCAAAGCCGAGGUUUUCUGGCUCUGGUUAAGAGUCUUGUAUAUAUUCAUCAAUGAAUAAAUUGUCAGUUUACAA